UAAUGAACAAAGGGUCAACGCGCCCCCUGAACUUGUGAAACGGGGUCACUUAACCCAAUUUUAACUUGUUUGGUCAAAUAACCCCAAAACUCUCUAAUUUUGGGUCAAAAUACCCAACUUUUGUAUUCCCAAACCGCGUGGUGUGCAAACAGUAUUCUGGGAGGUGAGUGAGGAAAGAAAACGUAUUUGCUGUGAGAACCUAAAAUUUCUAAAUACUCUUAACUUCACACCAGAUUUCAAACAAUACUUAGCAUUUAGGUUAAUAGCAUGAAGCGGCAGUCAGUUUCAUCAAUUAGGGCUUCUUAGGUUUGUGUACUGUUGGUCAAUUUCAUCACUUAGAGCUCCAGAUUGUGCAACGAUAAUUAAGGAUGAGUUUCAAAUAUGUGCCAGUGCUUUUCAAAAUUCAUCAUAUGGGCAAAUUUGUUAAGGAUCCUGAUUUGAGGUAUGUGGGAGGCGAUAUUUAUAUGUGGGAGUUAUAUAACAUAGAAUUAAUGAGCUACAAUAGGAUCUUGCAAACAGUAAAAAACUUAGGUUAUGAAAAAAAUGUGAACUACAUCUACUGGCUUCCUGAAGGGCAACCGUUGAAUUCUAACAAUUUAAGAUUCAUGCAUAAUGAUUUGUAUAUACAUGAAAUGCUUGGACUUGGAUACCAGAGAUAUGUUCUUGAGUUAUUUAUAGAGCACACAGUAGACAUGGAAGUAUUGACAGUUGAUGUGCCUUUAUUAGAAGAUAAUACAGCAGUAGAUGAGAGUGAGCACUUCUCUUUUGAUUUUGAUCAAGUCAAUGAAGAAGAAACUGAUGUACCUCUACAAACUGAUGUAGAACUAGACAUGGACAAUGAUGUCCCUUUAGAAGAUGAUCUGUCAGGGGUUAAUGAGGAUGAUUCUGACUUUGAAGAUCCAGAACUUUCGGAGUCCAGGAAAACCUUAGCAGAAGAGAGAAGAGAGCAGCAAGUUGAACUUCAGAAAAGGAAAAGGGAGUCUCGAGCUACGAUGGGUGAAAAGAGGCAGAAGGUUCAAGGAGAAGUUGGAGAUGAUCCUGACAUCACCAUAGAAAAUCAAGAGAUUGAAGAUGAUCAUGAUUUUGAAGACAGUGAAGUAGAGUACAACUUUGAUGAAUUAUCAGAUGAGGAAUCAAACAAAAACAUUAUUAGGAAGAAGUCUAAAAGAGUCAAGUAUGAUGAAGAAAGCAAAGUGCCUGCAUUCCUAGUUGGUAUGAUAUUUAAUGAUGCAAAGCAGUUUAGAAUGGCUAUAUCAAAGUAUUCAGUUGCAAGAGGAGUUGAGCUUACUUUUGUGAGAAAUGAUCCUGACAGAAUUAGAGUUGCAUGUCCUAAACCAUGUCCAUGGUUUAUUCUUGCUAGCAUUGACACAAAAACCGGAGAUUUUCAGGUGAAAAAUUACUAUCCGAAGCAUAGGUGUACUAAGGUUUUCAAAAAUAGAAGGGCUGGUAGGCCAUUUUUGAUUGAUUACUUCAGGGAUAAGUUGUUUGAUAACCCCAAGAUGACAGCAAAUGAUAUGGUUGUAAAGGCAAUGAAUGAUUUGCAGCUUGAAGUUAACAUAACAAUGGCAAAGAGAGUCAAGAAGCAGAUAAUGAUUGAAUUAGAAGGGGAUUCUAAGGAGGAUUAUGCUAAGCUAUGGGACUAUGCAGAGGAGCUAAGGACUACUAAUCCUGGCACUACAGUUGAUGUUGUUACAGAGAAUGAUGGAAGUAGCAGGUUUAGCAAGAUAUAUGUAUGUUUCGAUGCAUUAAAGAGGGGUUGGAGAGCGGGGUGUAGGCCUAUUCUAGGGCUUGAUGGUUGUUUUCUAAAGACAAGUUUGAAGGGGGAAUUGCUAAUAGCGGUUGGUAGGGAUGCCAACAAUCAGAGGUACCCUGUAGCUUGGGCAAUAGUGAAGACUGAGACUAAGGCUAAUUGGGUGUGGUUUAUAAAACAUCUCAAAUCAGAUCUUCAAUUACCAGCAAAUGGUACUGCUUUCACCAUUAUUAGUGAUAUGCAAAAGGGGUUGAUAGAAGCUUUGAAGGAGGAGUUGCCUUAUGCAGAGCAUAGAUGGUGCGCAAUGCACAUCUAUAGCAUUUGGCAAAAAAGAUGGAGGGGGACUGAACUGAGAGCACAAUUCUGGUCAUGUGCAAAGAGCACUUACAAAAACUAUUUUGAAGAUCAACUCAAAUACUUGGAUCAAAAAGCUAGUGGAGCAGUAGAGCAUUUGCUGAAAUGGCAUCCCUCCAAUUGGUGCAGGUCAUUUUUUUCUUACCAUUCAAAAUGUGAUAGUGUUGACAACAACAUGUGUGAAUCUUUUAAUGGACACUUACUUAAAGCUAGGAAAAAAUAUAUUAUAGCUUUGCUUGAUUGGAUGAGAAUAGAUGCCAUGAACAGGAUUACAAAUAAAAGAAAAGAUGUUGAGAAUUGGUGGUGUAAUGUCAGUCCUAGUGCUUUACGUAGGUUAGAAAAAAAUAUGGAAAGGGCUAGCAAGUGUCAUUUGGAAUGGAAUGGGACAGUAGGAUAUGAGAUAAGUGAGGGUAGAGAUAGGCAUGUUGUGAAAAUUGAAGACAGAAAAUGUACAUGUAGGUCUUGGCAGUUAACAGGAAUUCCAUGCCCUCAUGGAAUUUGUGCUCUUCUUCAUGGUAAAAAACAGUUAGAAGAUCACAUUGAUGCUUGUUAUAGUAAGUCUAAUUACAUGGCAGCCUAUGCUUUUUCUAUGGAACCUUGCAAGGGUAGAAUGCAAUGGCCAAAAACUUCUAUUCCCCCAAUGCUUCCACCAGAGGUGCAAAAACCACCAGGCAGACCUAAGUUAUGCAGGAGGAAGGCUCCAGAUGAACCAAAAUCCAGUGGAAAGAUAGGAAGACAAGGGGCUGUAAUGACUUGCAGUCACUGCAAACUUAAAGGGCAUAACAAGUUAGGUUGUCCUUAUAAAGGAAAAACUCCACCUGUUACAGCUGCCACUCCCAUUCGAGCUUAUGAAACUGCUCAGGCUGCUCGAGCUGCUGAAGCUGCUCAGACUGCUCGAGCUACUGAAGCUGCUCAGACUGCUCGAGCUACUGAAGCUGCUCAGGCUGCUGAAGAUUAUGAAGCUACUCGAGCUUAUGAGGCUGCUCAAGCUUAUGAAGCUGCUCAAGCUAACCAACAAGCUCCUAGGAAUAGGAAAAUGACUGCUGAAGGGAAAGGAAAAUCAAAAGAAAAAGUUAAAUAUAAACACAGUGGCAGUUACUUAAGCUAUGACGACGAAACUGGUCAACUGAAAUGCAAUUCUAAUCUGUUUGGCAAAACAUAUUUAACCUCGAAGAAUAGUGUACCUCGAGAAAAUCAGAGAGUCAUAGAGAACUACUGCCAUGAGUCUUUUCAGUAUGUGGCAAAUCCUAAUUUUGGUGGAUUUCAAGCAAUUGGAUUACAAUGGGAAGGCAGACCAUGUGUGACAACCAGACAGCUGAAUGAACAAAGAGAAAUUACAAAAGGAAAAAUUUUAAAGAGAGGAACAGAAGCACCAAUUUUACAAUCACCAUCAACUACUACUCAGCAUGAAGCAACAUCAUCAAGUGCAACUCAGCCUAAGGCAACACCAAGUCCAACACAAGCAGCAGCGUCAAUAACAACUCAGGUUGCGCCAGCAGCUCCUAUUGGAAGAAAGAAGUCUUUAGCAAGGAAGAGGGUUGUGCCAACCAACCCGCCGUGGAGGCUUUAGGAUCCCACACUUUUUGCAGUCACAUUUUUGCAGCCAAAUUUUUGCACAGCCAUUUUCUUGCACAGCCAUUUUCUUGCGCAGGUUUAUAAACACUAAAGCAGCUACGGGUAGAUUUUUGUAUAUGAAAUGGUUGUUAUUCUUUUGCGAGAGCUGUAAACUAACAGAAACAAUGUUAGUAAAUUUACUUUGGCUUUUUGCACACCUAUAUGGUGUUGUGAACUAACAAAAACAAUGUUAGUAUUACUAUAUAUUGCCAAUGCCAACUUUUCGGUAUUAAUAUAUGUUUUGGCAAGAAUGCCAACUUUCAAUUGUUA